AUGAGUAGUGAUGAUGAACGAAACCGUCCCGGAAACUCAGUUGCUGGAUUGUCUAACCUUCAAAUGCGUGCUUUGGAUGAUUCUAUGUCUAACAUGUUGAACGCAAGCUUAGAUCAAAUCCAUCAAAGGCUUGAGGAGCUUCAGGCCAGCCAAACUCAUCCUAGAACCAGAGCAAGAAGAGACCGUCCGCGAAGGAAAAACCGGUCCGACGAUGAGAUUCAAGAGGAGGACGAGGCUAGAUCCGCAUACCGUCCCAAAAGAGGUCCUAGAACCCGAGAUCCAGGUGAUGUCAAUCCAUUUGCUAGAACUGGUCGUACUGAUGAUAGUUUGAACGGAUUGAAACUGAAAAUUCCACCUUUUGAUGGUAAAAAUGAUCCUGAUACUUUUCUUGAAUGGGAAAGGAAAAUUGAACAUGUGUUCGAUUGUCAAAACUUUUCUGAACUUAGGAAAGUAAGGCUUGCUGCUACUGAAUUCUCUGGCUAUGCUAUUAAUUGGUAUGAUCAAGUUUUGACCCACAGGAGGAGAACAGGAGCAUGGCCGAUUGAGACAUGGGACGAGCUUACCGAACUGAUGAGGAAACGAUUCGUGCCUGCUCACUAUCACCGCGACCUCCACCAGAAGCUAAGACGCUUGCUUCAGGGAACCAAGUCUGUGGAAGACUAUUACCAAGAGAUGGAAAUCUUGAUGAUCAAGACGGACACGAAUGAGUCUUUGGACGCCACCAUGACUCGAUUUCUUUCAGGCCUCAACCGUGACAUCCAAGACCAUAUAGAGCUUCAAGAGUAUGGCAGUAUGGAACAGAUGCUACACAAAGCCAUCUUGAUCGAGCAACAACUCAAGAGGAAGAGUUUCUCAAAACCGGCCAUUGCUUCAAAACCGACCUUCUCUUCUAAACCGGCCUUUGCUCCUAAGCCAAGCUACCAAGACAAAGGUAUGUCUUCUUCCACAACACAUAAUGCUUUUAAAACUGAUGUUCCUGCUCGUGAUGACAAAGGAAAGGCAAUAGAGACUUCUGGCCGAGCAAGAGACAUUAGGUGCUUCAAGUGUCAAGGUCUAGGACAUUUUGCCAAAAACUGUCCUUACCAACGAGUGAUGAUUCUCAUGGAGAAUGGAGAAGUUGAAUCUGAGGAUGAACAUGAGGACAAGGAGGAUCUGGGUCCGCUCUUUGAUGAGGACGAGUCCUUUGGAUAUCCGCAUCAAGGACCACUACUCGUUGCUAGGAAAGGCAUGGUCGAGUCUAUCUUCAAUGAAACGGACGGCCGUGUGGUCGAUGAUUUCGACCCAACCUUUGAUGUUGAUUCCGAUCCGAUCUUUGAUGAGGAGGUUUGCUUCGACUAUCCAGCUCUUGUUCUUUUACUUGUCACAAGAAGAUCUCUGAGUGUCCAACCCAAAACCAAUGAAAAAGAACAAAGGGAGAAUCUCUUUCAUUCUCGUUGUUUAGUUUCUGAAAAGGUUUGUUCUUUGAUUAUUGAUGGUGGGAGUUGUACUAAUGUUUCUAGUGACACCCUUGUCAGGAAACUAGGACUUGCUACUCGGCCUAUCUCUCGUCCUUUCAGGUUGGAAUGGCUAAACGAGGCUGGAGAACAGUAUGUGAAAGAGCAAGUUACUGUCCCUAUUUCCAUUGGCCGAUAUGAGGACGAGGUCGUUUGCAACGUUCUUCCUAUGGACGCAUGCCACAUUCUCUUGGGCCGGCCAUGGCAGUUUGAUAAAAGAGCCGUGCAUGAUGGCUUCACAAACCGACACUCCUUUGAUCAUAAGGGAAAGAAGACCACGCUGGUUCCUUUUACACCUUUGGAGGUUCAUCAAGAUCAGGCCCAACUCAAGAAGAGCCGUGACAAAGAACUUAAACAAGAUGAACCUGAAUCAUCCCAAAGGAACUCCAAUUUCUAUAUCAAGCAAAGUCAGGUCAAGAAAACUCUUUACUCACAAAAGUCAUUUCUUUUACUUGUGUACAAAGAAUCUCUUAUGGCUUCUUCUUCUGACCUUGCACCGGAGAUCCCGAGUGAGCUUUUAGAUGUUUUGCAAGAUUAUUCUGAUGUAUUUCCAGUUGAGAAUCCUAAGGGAUUGCCACUAAUACAAGGCAUUGAACAUCAGAUAGACCUUGUUCCGGGCGCGUCUCUACCAAACCGGCCAGCUUACCGUACCAAUCCGGUGGAGACCAAGGAACUUCAGAAACAGAUUGGUGACCUUCUGGAGAAAGGCUACAUCCGGGAAAGCCUCAGUCCUUGUGCCGUUCUUGUCCUUCUCGUGUCCAAAAAAGAUGGUUCUUGGCGCAUGUGUGUGGACUGUCGUGCCAUCAACAACAUCACGGUAAAGUAUAGUCAUCCCAUUCCUAGGUUAGAUGACAUGCUUGAUGAGUUGCAUGGAUCAUGUGUCUUUUCUAAAAUUGAUUUGAAAAGUGGCUAUCACCAGAUUAGGAUGCAAGAAGGUGAUGAGUGGAAAACCGCAUUUAAAACUAAGUUAGGAUUGUAUGAAUGGCUUGUUAUGCCAUUUGGUCUUACUAACGCACCUAGCACCUUUAUGCGUUUGAUGAAUCAUGUCUUGAGAUCAUUCAUUGGUCAUUUUGUUGUUGUCUACUUUGAUGACAUUCUUAUCUAUAGCAAAAACAUUGAAGAUCAUAAGAAGCAUCUAAAAUAUGUUCUUGAAGUUCUUAGAAAAGAAAAACUCUUUGCCAAUCUUGGUGCUGAUGGACUUAGAGUGGACGAGGAGAAAAUCAAAGCCAUCCGAGACUGGCCGAGUCCAUCGACCGCAGGCGAGGUAAGGGGCUUUCAUGGUCUGGCCGGUUUUUAUAGACGGUUUGUUCCAGACUUCAGUUCCAUUGCAGCUCCUCUGGCUGAAGUGAUCAAGAAGAACGUCGGUUUCAAAUGGGAACAAGCCCAGGAAGAAGCUUUUCAGAUGUUAAAAGGGAAGUUGACUCAUGCUCCUUUACUUUUGGAAUUGGUGAUGUCUUGA